UUAUAAUUCAAGUGAAUGGAGCGCCAGUACCGCUAUGGUUCAAUGUUUUAAGCGCAAGGUAGUAGGAAAUCUGCCUUGAAUAACUUGCAAGGCAAAAUCAUGCAGAUUUCAUUAAUGAUAAAAUCAGUGUAUCUUAAAUCCGACGUUUUAUUGAAUUAAUGUGAUCAGAUAACUCGAAGUUCUCAAAACACGCAUACAUUUGAUUUGGUAGGUUAUAAUCAUUGUGUGAGACACAUAAGCAUUAUGAAGACUUUCUCCAAUAAAGCGCAACUAAACGAUUUGUGUUUGUUUGAACACGAACUUAUGCAGUUGCUGUUGGUGCAAAAAUAUACUGGUGUAAACAUUGUCCACGAACAUUUUCCUUUAUGCAACGUUGUUUCGAAUAUCGAAUUGACAUGUUUGGCAGAUUAUUAUUAUCAAGAAACACAAAACACGUGGGCAUAUUAACAGUUGUAUGCAAAUAGUAAAUAAUAAUGAGAUAAACAUAUGUGUUAUGUCCCUCAUGUUUUUGAUACUUGAGUUCUUUGAUUCUUUAAUUAACACAUUUCCCUGACACUCUGCCCUUAUUAAACAGUAGUAGCAAAUGUGGAUUACAUGCUAUUAAAUAUUGUUGAACAGGGUAAAAAUAUAAAUACAUUGAUAUUAAAAAUAAUGAGAUUAUUAAAAGUGAUAAGAAAGCUUCUUAGAAGAUAAUUUAAUCCAGAAGCACAGAAUAAUGCGUACCUUAAACAAAGCUAAACUGAUAUUCCUUUUUAGAAGCUAUUUUAAUAUAUUAAUUUAUGAAUUAAAUGACAGUUCUUGAAACAUGUUCUUUAAUAUGUGUACAUGGUUGCGAUAGAACAAAAUCCUAAUAAAAUGUCAGUUGCUUCCUGUUCAAAAGUAAAUAGAAUGGAUACUGUGAAUAGUAAAGGAGAGGUGAUACAUGAAAAAUGGGAACGUUUUCAUAAUUGGGUACAUUGUAUAUGCAUUGUUACUUUUGAUCUUGAAUUAGGUCAAGCUAUAGAGGCUAUAUAUCCACCUCAUAUCAAACUAUCUGAACAAGAGAGGUCUAAUGUCUGUUAUCUUGCUUUCCCUGAUUCUAACUCUGGCUGUAUGGGAGAUACACAAUAUCAUGUUAGAAUAAGACAGAAUGGAGCUGCAAUUCAAGACACUACAGCUUUGAAGGAAUAUGAUAGAAGAUCACCACCGUUUUUACAGUGUGACAAAGAUUAUUAUUGGGGCUAUGUAUACUUUCGUCAAGUGAAAGACAAGUCUCUUCCAAGAGGAUAUUUUCAAAAGAGUAUUGUUAUUAUUACAAAACUGCCAUUCGUGAAUCUCUUUGGCGAAUUGUGCGCUUUAAUUGCACCUGAGUUUUUCGAAAUGGGUAAUGCAGUUAUGGAAGCCAUCGUAAGAGAAAUUGACCAAUGGCCACCACCAGUACCUGGUCAAACAGUGCAUUUACCACUUAUGGGUGUUUUAUUUCAGACAUAUAUCCCAAAUCAAAAUUAUAAAGCAACUGCGCCCACAAUUGCUGCCAUGGAUUAUGCGCCAAAUUUUAACGCGACUCGACUAAUUUUAACGUCUGCCUAUGAAGGAGAUAUGUUUAGAAGUUUAGCUAGUGUUGUAAAUUAUGUACAUUUAUUAUGGGAAUUAGUAUUACUUAGUGAACCAAUAGUUGUUAUGGCUGGUUCACCUACUGGUUGCUCUGAAAUGGUUCAAGCACUCAUCGCACUGAUAGCGCCAUUAAAAUAUUGUGCUGACCAUCGACCUUAUUUUACAAUUCAUGAUUCUGAGUUCAAAGAAUACACUACAGAUGCUCCAUCACCUCCUGCUGUAAUAUUAGGUGUAACUAAUCCAUUUUUCGCUAAAACGCUGCAGCAUUGGCCUCAUAUUAUAAGGAUAAGCAAUGGAACUAACAAUGAAAAUCAAAGGUACAAAAUAAAAAAAUCAGAGAAUCUCAAGGUGCUAGAUUCAAAACCGGGAGUGUACACACAAUAUAAACCUUUCCUUCAAAAAGAUAAAACUAUAUUGAAAAAGUUAUUUAGGGGAAUCCAGACAAAACGACCGGGUGCAGUGCAAACAGCCCUUCUAAAACGUCAUUUAAUUGAACUUACUGAAAGUUUUAUGAUACCACUUGAAAGAUACAUUGCAACUCUUAUGCCACUACAAAAAGACAUAUCACCUUUUAAAGCUACGCCCAUACCUGAGUUAUUUAAUCCAGAUGAUUUUUUGGCAACUUUAAGUAGCGCCGGACCACAACUAACUACCGGCAUAAAAGGAGAUUGGGUUGGAUUGUACAGGAGAUUUUUUCGAUCUCCCAACUUUUCCGGGUGGUUUCACACUAGAUAUACCGAGUUAUCACAAAAGUUACAAGUUAUACAACUCGAAGCAUUAUCGCAAGCGGACCUGAAGACCUGGGUGCAAGGAAAGCAAGAGGUCGAGCUGGUAGAUAUGAUUCUUAGAAUUCGGCAAAAAUUAGAAAAAACUUAUAUUGAUGAAGUACCUAUAGGUAAUUCCGUGAGAGAAAAACUUCAGGAAAGAAUAGACGACAUUACUCAUACAUUACCGGAUGACUUGAAAGACAUUUUGAAUCAUGAGUCUUGACAUUACGAUUAUUUUAUUAGUUUAAAAACUUGCUAAUUAAUAUCUCCACCUGAAUAAAGUCUAUGAUCAUGGGUGCGUAAUAAUGAGAAUUAGAUUGAAAAUAUUUCUAAACGUCGCUCUCUCUGUUCAUAAGUGUAAAACGGUGCGAACGAAAAAUGGGACUGAGAGUAUUAAAAUACGCAUAAGGCAUAGAAGUUGUAAAAAACUGACUGGAUGUAUUUUAGAAAGAACGAUUCAAUUUAAUUUAUGAUUCGUUUUAAUUUAUGUUUAAAUACUCCAAGGUGGAUAGGAACAGGACCACUUUUCCUUUUUAUAUGUAACAUGAAACGUGAUACAAAAGUCAAUAAUGGUGUGUGAAGAUAUUUCAUAGGUGCGACGAAAGACUUACGAGCUCACGUUAAUCUUUCUAUACUAACAAAAUGUUAAGUAUAUAUUUAUCUCAAUAUUUUUUUCUAAUUGAAUGUUAUUUUUUAAUAUUUUACCAUUCAUAGCCAUGUUACAUAAUCAAAUUUCUUCCUAAUACUGUUUAUUUAAGUAAUUUAUUAAUAAUUUUGGAUUGGUUUUUUUUUAAUAUUAAAAGAUGGAAUAAUUUUUAUUCCAAAAUGAUUAUGAACUCUAAUUACAUGUGAAUGUAACAGAAGAAUACUAACUCUGUUACAUGUAUAUAUAUGUUUAACUUGAGAUCUGUAAAUACUGAUAUGAAUGAUGAA